AUGUUCUUCUUCCAUUGUAGGUGCAAAGAGGGUUACCGUGGACUUCGUUGUGACCAGUUUGUCCCAAAGACAGACUCCAUCUUAUCUGACCCAACAGCAGAUGAGCUGGGCAUUGAGUUUAUGGAGAGUGCAGAAACCUAUCAGAGACAGAUAUUGUCCAUCUUCAGCAUAGCCAUGGGGAUCAGCCUGCUGGGAGUGGCUUGCAUGGCUCUUUACUGCAAAAACAAGAGACAAAGAGAGAAGCAUCGAGCCCAUCUGACCGAAAUCCGCAACUUGAGGGACAGUACUGUCAACGCCUCGGGUCUCAUGUCUAAAUCCAGCCCCAGACUCAAGACCACCCUCCAGCUUCAGAAGAGCAGAAGAGCCCAUGGUUUCUCCUCUAAGCAGGUGGCCAGCAUCGUUCUCAACAGCUCUAAAGUUUCCCUACCAAAUCAGACUCGCAGUCUCUCCAUGGGGAAACGCUGCAGAAGCUGCUCGUUCUCCUCAAGCCCUGCCCUGAAACACAAGGUAACCAAUUAUCGAGCCGUCUCAAAGUGGACUCCGCCCAUCUCUAGAGCAGGCCAUCAUCUCAGUGGAGGAUCUCGAGAUUCACUUCAUUCCUAUAAACAUCUCCAGGAAGUGGAGGUGAAUGAGGCGAUGCCACAAUCUUUGAGAAGGUGCCAGUCUCACUCGGACAGCAAUCAACAAAGCCCUUGCAACCUGAAUAUGCAAAUUAUGCUCUCCACCCAUUCCAAAGGAAAGAUGGGCAACACUGAUGUUCCGUGCACUCGUCUCGACCAGGGAACGACCUUUCCGUCCCCUUCUUUCCGAGCCCACUCUGUACCCAUUAUCCCCUCCGUUCAGGGACCUGAUUUUGGGGAGAGGGGAGGGAAUAAGCUGCAUAGUGGAGGUAGGGGAUCUUCCAGCUACAACCUAAUCAAUCCUGAGACUGAGGCGGAGUCAGUGGCAAAUUCCAGCCAAUCACUUGCCAGCUCCUCUGUGCCGGUGCAGGAUCCACAGACACUCACCUGCUCCGAGUCUGCACUGAUGUCAAGGGGCCAAAUCAAACACAAAAGCCUUGUUACCUACACAACAGCCUUGGGAUCAGGCACAAACUCCAGAAGAGCAAAGACUGUCAUUUCUAUGACCGUACUGGGACCAGGGGCGAAAACCACGCAGUACGCUGCCAGCCUGCUGUCUAAGGCUACUGUAGGACAGGAUGGCCACUCUGCUUUCGGGGAAGGACAGCAGGAUGACGGUUUACAAACCCUGUUUGUUGGGCGCAAAAAAGACAGCUCUUUUUCUGAUGGGACUAGAGGUGAGGUCUGCCUCACAUAUCCCAAAAGCUGAUUGGAUAAACGCAAAGAUUGCUUUAGAAACUCCACGUCGGUGUGGAUGGGGCUGGAACAUCCCUGCUUGUGUAAGACACUUAUUUUUGGAACUAUUUUACUGCAUUGUGAAGUACAACUACUGACAACCCAAUUUAAAACUCUGACUUACUGACCACACAUGUGAAUAGAUGCGAGAGAACGAAGACUUUGGUGGGAUGUUGAUCUAAAGAGGUAUUGGAAAGGAUUUAUAUGCCACUAUUUAACUAAUUUAGAAACCAAAUAGUGUGUCAUCUCAAUGUUGUUUCUCUACUGUAAAAAAAAAGAAAAAAUAUAAUAGAUGUCAAAACUAUAUGUAUGUCAUAUAUUCCAUGUAUAUGACAUAUCGAGUGAUGAAAAUAAAGAUGCAAACAUGGUAAUGCAGAAGCUUUUUUUCCAAUAACUGCUGUUCUAUAAUCUCAGCCCAGCUCUGUCUUUUUGUCUGUUUUGCUUGAGAUCUUAAGAAAAACGGCAGUUUCUGAAUAAAAUCUGAAUG